UUUAUAAAGCUCCUGAGUCCCAGGUAGUUGUAUCCAAACGUCUAGCAGUUAUACAGUGUCAAGAUAUACAGACCUGUGUCAUUUCAGAGGAAGGCACAAUGCCCACGUUGUGGCCUCCACUUGUGAAAGGCGUUGUUUGUUUUCUUUUUAUCUUGCACUGUUCUGAUGCUCGUCCAUCAUACAUGAUUUCAGCUCCAACUUUUGUCAUUCCUGGAGUCAGUACAACCCUUGCUGUUCAUUGGUUUGGCCAAAACCAUUCUGAAAUUAGUGUCACUGCUGAAAUUUGGGAUAAUGGCAUGUCUUUGGCAAAUAACAGCAAAGUCUUCCAGAAGGAUUUUCUUGGAUUAAUCUCCAUACCCCCACUUUCAGUGAAUUCUUCUUCUACUUCUUAUUUAAUACGGGUCUAUGGAACUGCUGGGAAUGAACUGCUAUUCUCAAACAAUUACACAGUGGAACUGGACACAAAGAAUGUAUCUUUAAUUAUUGAAACAGACAAAAGUGCAUAUCAGCCGGGACAAGCUGUCAAAAUCAGAAUCAUCUCUAUCUUCCGUGACCUGAGGCCAUAUAAAGGACUUGUUAACAUUGUCAUACGGGACCCUCAAUCGAAUAUUAUAAAGCAAUGGCUGCAACAUAAACCUGACCUCGGAGUUAUCUCAGCAGAAUUCUUGCUGUCGUCCAAUGCCAUGGCUGGUACGUGGCGAAUUCAAGCAGAAACAGAUAUGACUACAAACAUGGGAGAGAUCUCUGUCAUUCAUUUUGAUCAGCCAAAAUUUGAUGUUACAAUUAAGACACCCUCUUUCUAUGUUGAUUCAAAGCAGCAAAAUCUCAUUGGCACAGUCAUAGCAAACUACACCUAUGGAAGACCUGUAAAGGGAAAUGCAACAGUUCUUAUUACCGCACUGUAUGACACUCACUCAAUGAAUGGAAUCAAGAAAACUUAUGCAAUGUCUGGAGCUGCAGACUUUACUUUUACAUAUGCUGAACUUUCAAGUUUGCUCAGUGGGCUUACUUUAAAUAUAACGGCCGUGGUGACAGAAGAACUGACAGGUAUUGAAAUGAGUAAGUCUACAUAUGUCAAAAAAGUUGAUUCUGAGUAUGAACUAAUCAUAGUUAGUCAGCCACCAGUUUUGAACCCUGGCAUUAACUUCACAACUAAGAUUCAGCUCCAGAGAAAAGAUCUUUUAUAUUUAACAAAAGAAGAAAGAGAAAACAACAUUUCAGUUAAAGUAACUCAAUCAGUUAUGCCUCAGCUUGUUGAAAACACAGAUAUGAAUAUCUCCACUGCAGCCACCAAUCUUAGCUACAUAGAUGCACGUCAGUACACCAUUCCAGAAUCGGGUAUUAUCAACAUUGUACUUCCACUGCAAGAAUCAAUUCAGCUCAUAAUUAUAGAGGCUGUAUAUCAAAACAUUACUCAGAAGUGGCGGAUGCAAAGAGAGCUUGAUUUCAGUUCUUAUGCACAGAUACAAUUGCCAGACUCUCCGGCACAGGUUGGGAAACCUUUUGAUGUAAAAGUUAAAACCAAACCAGAAGUUCAACACAUUCAUUAUGUGAUAAUGGCCGGGGGAAUUAUAGUAUCUACUGAAAAGACAAAUAGUGCCACAUUUACCCUCACUCCAGAAUAUUCAUGGGCUCCAGCUGCUGUUCUCAUGGUUUACUUCUUUAAUUUUAAUAAUAUGUCCCUUGACAUCAUACAAGCUUCUCGUACGAUUGAUAUUAAAGGCAUGUUUGAAAAUAAGGUUUCUUUGUCAUGGAGUAUAACCAAAACAGCACCAUCAGAAAAUGUGAUUUUGAGUGUCAACGUUACAGAGGCAAGAUCUUUGGUGGCACUGCGAGUUGUUGAUAUUAGUGACAAGCUCCUAUCCAAUGGCAAUAAUUUAAAAGAAAAAGUGGAGACAGAAAUUAAAUCAUACUCAAAGGGAUUUAUGAACAGCUUGAGUGAUGGCAGCAUUCAUUAUAACGGAAUUCUCCCGGAGGAAUUUGUUGCAGAACUGCUCAUUAUUAAAGACGAAGUUGAGCCGCCUCCAAAUGUCCCAAUUGUCUUUCCAGAGACCUGGAUUUGGCUAGAAACUAACAUCAGCUCAGGAAACAGAAGCAGCCUUCCUGUAACCGUCCCUGAUGCAGUUACAUCUUGGAUGGCCAGUGCUUUUGUAAUCUCUGAUGUACAUGGCCUUGGAGUAACCGAAGAACCUGUUGAGCUUCAAGCUUUUCAGCCUUUCUUCAUUACCCUUAAUGCACCCUAUGCUGUUACUAGAGGGGAACAGUUCAUCCUGAGAGUUUUGCUCUUCAACUACCUAGAAGAAAACUUACAGGUCAAUGUAAGUCUGGAAACUAAUAAUGCUUUUGCCAUAAUUAUACCAGAAAAUGACAAUGGUGGAAUACCUUGGCAACGCAAUGUAUCAGUUCGAAGCAAGGAAUCUGAAAUCAUUUUCUUUCCUAUAAGCCCAAUGAAACUUGGUGCGAUUUCCAUCACAGUCCGAGCAAUGUCUCGAACAGCAUCUGAUUCUGCAACUCAGAAAAUACGGGUAAAGGCUGAUGGGGUGCAGAAUUUUUAUACCCAGAAUUUGAUUUUAGAAGUUAAUGGAACUGGAUCUAUAUCGAAGCAGUUAUCAUUCACUUUCCCCACUGAUGUGGUUUCAGGCAGUGAACAAGCCUCUGUUUCUGUUGUUGGUGACUUUCUUGGACCAUCAAUUAAAGGUCUUGAGUCUCUGAUCAGGAUGCCGUACGGUUGUGGAGAACAAAACAUGAUUAACUUUGCUCCAAAUAUAUAUGUGUUACAGUAUUUAAUAACUACUUCCCAGCUGACAGAAGACAUUAGAAGAAGAGCUAUUAGCUAUAUGGAACAAGGCUAUCAAAGAGAACUGAAUUAUAAGAGGGACGAUAAUUCAUUCAGUGCAUUUGGUAACACCGAUUCUUCUGGAAGUAGUUGGUUGUCAUCAUUUGUAGUUAGGUGUUUUCUUCAAGCCAGAUCAUUUAUCAACAUCAGUCCAGAACUUUUGAAUAAGACUGUUGAAUGGCUGAUUCAGCAGCAGGAUCAAGAAACUGGUAAAUUCCUAGAACCAGGGCAUGUCUUUCAUACUAGACUCCAGGGUGGAUUAAAUGGACCCAUCACUCUUACAGCAUACAUUCUAACAUCUCUGCUGGAAAACAGUCAGUACAGGAAUCUUUAUGCAUCCAGAGUUGAUAAAGCAGUACAAUAUCUUGAAAAAAAAUUUGAAGGGGGAAUUUCCAGUAACUAUACUUUGUCAAUUGUGGCUUAUGCACUGUCAGUGGCCAACAGCACUAAAGCAUCUGCAGCCCUCACCCAGCUCAAUUCAAGAACAAGAAACAAUGGUGGACUGAUGUACUGGUCUACCACAACUGGAGCAUCAAACUACUGGCAGCCCCCCUCUGCAGACAUUGAGACAGCGGCUUAUGCACUGCUCUCCCACUGCCAACAGAACAGGAUUGCUGAAGGCGUUCCCAUCAUGAAUUGGCUGGUCCAACAAAGAAAUAACCUCGGGGGUUAUUCUUCAACUCAGGAUACCAUAAUGGCUCUGCAGGCAUUAGCCCAGUUUAUGGCAGUCAUUCCAUUAAAUAAAGAAACUUCUCUCGCUGUAUCAGUUACUGGUUCCGGUUCUUUUGCACCAAAAUCAUUUCAGAUAACUAAUGAAAAUCUUCUGGAUGUACAAAUUCAGCAGAUUGAUAUAACCGAUCCCAUGUUAUUGAAUGUUUCUGCAGUUGGAAGAGGAAUAGCUAUUUUCCAGCUUAAUGUGAUUUAUAACAAGAGGGUUUUACCCAGGCAUAAGCGAAGCACACCCAGUAAAGAGGCGUUCACUUUAGAUGUUACACCAACAGAUGUGGCAAAUAACACUGAGCUGCUUUAUGUAGCUGUAUGCUCAAGCUAUCAAGGAACAGAGAGUGAGAUUGGCAUGGUACUUUUAGACAUCGGCUUUCUUAAUGGAUUCAUAUUACACCCAAAAGGAAUUCCUGAAAGUGGGUUACUUAAAAUGGUUGAAAGAAAGGAAGACAAAGUAUAUCUCUACUUUGAAUCGAUGACUAAAGAUCCAGUUUGUGUAACUGUUCUACUGGUUCGAAAUGCAUCGGUAGCUGGUUCUCGAGAUGCGGUCGUCACGAUCACUGAUUAUUAUAAUCCAACAAACUCUGUUACAAGAACCUACAAUUCAGACACAAUGAAAAAGAUCUCCAUUUGUGAUUUCUGUGAAUCGAAUUGUACUCUCUGCCAGUCCAAUGUAUUUGCAAAGGCUCCGAGCAACAGUACAACUUUGCCAACAUUCACCCUGUUUUGGUUUUGCUUGAUCUGCAUUUGCAGUCUUUUACAGCAGAAAAUAUUUUUUUAAAUCCAUUAUGCAUUUGAAGUGCAAAUAUAAUUAUAAAAGAUUGUAAGACCAGUAAGACCAGAAUUGGUAAAAAUGAGCUAAUCCUGAUUUUGCUGCCGGAUCAAUUUUUUAACAAGAAGAAAAAAAAUGUAUUUUGUAAAAUAA